AUGAGGAAGGACGAGGAGCUGGUGAAGGAGAUGCAGCGGGAGAUGUGCGAAAAUGGGAGCAACAGCUUCGCCUCUCUGCUGUUCCUGCUGGACUUCUACAUCCUUCCCUCCCUCCUCCUCCUCUUCUUCUCUCUUCGCAUCCUCCUGCUGCUCAUGUACAAGCCCGACAUUCUCCAGCCUCUUAGGAAGUCACUGCUACUGCCCCUCUUCCUCCUCUUCCUCCUCCUCAUAGCGAUAACGCUGCGGAUCUCAGCUGGCUCCGCCAUGUGCAAAACAGGAGCGGAGGGUGCAUGGCGAGGCUUACUUAUAGAAGCAUGCAGCUACUGGUUCUUCUUCGUAUCCUGUCUCCUCUUCUCUACGCUCUCUCCUCCUCCCCAGCACAGCUCCGCUCUCCUGCCUGCCCCCGUCGGCUCCUUCCAAGGCUACAGGGAAAGUGGAGCCUCUCAAGUCGAGGACGGAGAAGAUGCGACGGGGAAUUUGCAAGAGACUGCAAUGGAGAAGGAGGAGGAGGAGGAGGAGGAGAAGGAGCAGGAGAAGGAGAAGGAGAAGGAGAAGGAUCAAAGGGGAGUGGCAAGGAAAGAUGAUGACAAGAAUGAAGACGAGGAUACGAGAUCUCAGGUUCCCUGCUGGAAGGGAAGUGAAGCUAUGAUGAAGGAUGAUGAGCCAAGGGACUGGGGUGAAGCAGAGGACAGCCGGAGAAAGGAAUGCAGUCAAGGAGGAGGAGGAGGAGGAGGAGAGGAGCAGCAGCAGCUGGUGUCUCGGGUGAAGGAAUCCUUCGAUGAUUUCACUGAGAGACGGUUCGGUAUGACGAGUGAAGACACGGCAGACCUGGACUCCCUCACAGGUGACAUCCCACUGCUCGGACUCUAA